AAUGAUAUUGACCAUAAUAAGCAAAAUAGUAAUAAUCCUAUUGAAGUUUUAUAUAAAAAGAAAUUGGAAGAAAUACUUGAUAAAAAUAGUUCAAGUUUAACUCCAAGAUUUUUAGGUAGCAGUUUAAAUGAUGAUAUCAAUAUUGAAGAAAAUGAUGUUUCAUUUAAUGAAAUAACUGGUUAG